CUUUUGGCAGUUACCAAUUCAACUACCGCAUCACAUUUACAAAUAAAACUCAAAAUCCAAACACCACCGCCACACACCACCUUGUCUAUUGAUUAUCAUAUUUAUUGUGAGCCUUAACUCUAGUAUUACUACUACUUCCACCUUUCAUCAUCACUCUUUCAGUCCAAUGGGGUGGUCUUUCUCAAUUUCCGUUUUGCUGUUUCUUACCUUUCUCAUUCAGAUACAUGGAAGAGGCUUUGCAGAGAAUUAUGGUUGUAAUUUGUUCCAAGGAAGUUGGGUUUAUGAUGAAUCAUACCCUCUUUAUGCAACCUCACAGUGUCCCUUUAUAGAGAAAGAAUUUGAUUGUCAAAACAAUGGCAGACCGGAUAAGUUCUAUCUCAAAUAUAGAUGGCAGCCAGCAGGCUGCAACUUAACAAGAUUCAACGGUGAAGAUUUCUUAAGAAGACAUAGAGGGAGGAGUCUCAUGUUUGUGGGGGAUUCUUUGAGUUUGAAUCAAUGGCAAUCACUCACUUGCAUGCUUCACAUAGCUGUGCCACUAGCCCCUUACAACUUAGUGAGGAAUGGAGAUCUCUCCAUUUUCACGUUUCCGACCUAUGGUGUUAAGGUGAUGUUCUCACGCAAUGCAUUUCUUGUGGACAUAGUUAGUGAGAGUAUUGGUCGAGUACUGAAACUAGAUUCAAUUCAAGCUGGCCAAACGUGGAAAGGAAUAGAUAUAUUGAUAUUUGACUCUUGGCAUUGGUGGCUUCACACAGGAAGAAAACAACCAUGGGAUUUGAUUCAAGUAGGAAAUCGUACUGUUAGAGACAUGAAUCGCUUGGUUGCAUACGAGAUAGCGCUGAAUACAUGGGCCAAAUGGAUUGAUUAUAAUAUUGACCCUACCAGAACAAGGGUUUUAUUCCAAGGAGUGUCUCCAGAUCAUCAAAAUCCAGCGCAAUGGGGUGAGCCAAGAGCAAACUUUUGUGCAGGGCAAACUAAGCCAAUAUCGGGAUUAAGGUAUCCUGGAGGACCAAACCCAGCAGAGGUGGUAUUAGAGAAAGUGCUAAAGGCCAUGCAAAAGCCUGUGUAUUUGCUGGACAUUACAACCCUAUCCCAGCUAAGGAUAGAUGGCCACCCUUCUGUUUAUGGACAUGGUGGGCAUUUGGACAUGGAUUGCAGCCACUGGUGCCUUGCUGGUGUUCCUGAUACUUGGAAUGAGCUUCUAUAUGUUAGUCUCUUUCAAAAUUAAGAUCCUAUUCUUAAUGUUAUUGCUGAUUAUAAAUAAAAUGUGUCCCAAGAAAAUAUAUUUCUCAAAUUAAUUCAGACAAUAAAAUACAGCAAGAUAUGUAUAGGUCUAUCAAAUAAGGUGUUUCAUCUCUUAUCUUAUAUUGGUAGUAUUAAUUGGGAUUUUAA